ACAAACCCAUGUGGACACAUGCCGAUAUGCCAAAGGAACGAUAUGCCUAUAUAAAUGGUACCGUCCACUUUGAAUGCGAAGCUGUGGCCGAACCACCAGGCAAUUUCACCUGGUAUCGCAACAAAAAACAAAUCACCAACGACAAACACUAUCACAUCGAGCACGAUAAUUACAUUUCCAUAUUGCAUAUCCAUGCCCUGGACGAUGGCGUGUUCGCCACAUACAAGUGCAAGGUUAAAAAUCACUUGGGCUCCAUUGAACGCUCAAUCACGCUGAAACGUGGCGAAAAGCCACCAACACCACUUCCCCUGCAAUUGCGUGGCCUCAAUUCCCAUACAUUCGAUAUUGAGUUGUCGACCCCAAAGAACGUCACCACCAAGCCGAUGAUGGGCGUAAAUCGCAUUGAAUACAUAACGGAAUUGCAAUUCAAGAAGGAUGCCGGUCAGUGGUCCAAUGCCAAGCAUAAAGAUUUUGCUUACGCCAGUGGUGCCACAUUCCUGCUUAACAAUCUGGAGGAGAACACCACUUAUCUGGUACGUGCCGCUUCGCGUAACGUUGCUGGCUUCAGUGACUGGACUCGUGUGGAGAAGUUACGCACCAAAUACAAUCAGACCAGCGGUUCAUCGUCCAACGUUUGCUCGUCGUUUACCCACAUCUUGUGUUUCGUGUUGGUGGCCUUAAUGUUAAGCUCGGAUCUAACAUUUGCCAAUCCCAUUACAGCUUUUCUGCGGGGAGCUCGUCAAAUCACAAUACCUUUGGGUAGUCAUGGGAUAGUGGGUGAUGGGACUGAUGGUGGUCGUUUGUGA